AUGAACAAAAAGAGAUAUAAAUCCUCCAUAAUCCUCCUAAUCACCACCUUCGUCUACCAUGUCUUUGCCGACGAUGCCACCAUUAUGGCCGCUUUAGCUAAAUCUCUCUCCCCGUCUCCUCCAGGUUGGUCCGGCUCCAACCCCUGCAAAUGGCAAGGCGUCAAUUGUGAUUCAUCAAGUAAAAUCAGCUCAAUUAGCCUCCCUUUCAAAUCUCUCACAGGACAAAUUCCAUCAAAUUUGAACCAACUUUCCAAUCUCAAAUCUCUUCAUCUUCAAGACAACAUCCUUUCGGGCCCUUUACCGUCUUUGUCCAACCUCGCUUCCCUCGAAGACGUCAAUCUUGACGGAAAUAACUUCAGUUCUGUCCCUCCUGAUUUUCUCUCAGGAUUAACAAGUUUACAGACAUUCAGCAUUAAUAAUAACUCAAAUCUCCCUUCCUGGAAAAUCCCUAACAACCUCAAGGAUUCAACAUCCCUUGUUAGUUUUAAUGCAGGAAAGGCUAAUAUUGUAGGUGAAAUUCCAGACAUUUUUGGAUCCUUUCCAAGUUUACAGAAUUUGAAGCUUUCAUAUAAUAACCUGACAGGUUCAUUGCCUCGUUCAUUUUCCAAUUCCGGGAUUCAGAAUCUAUGGCUCAACAAUCAGGUGCUAGGACUUUCAGGUACUAUAGAUGUCCUGAGGACGAUGUCACAGUUGACAGUGGUUUGGCUUCAUGUCAACAAGUUUUCUGGCCCAAUUCCAGAUCUUUCUGCGUGUACAGAAUUGUACGAUAUUCAGCUUCGCGAUAAUUUUCUCACUGGUGUGAUUACUGAUUCUUUUACAAAGCUUCCAAAGCUCAAAACUGUCGCAUUGCAGAACAAUGUCUUCCAGGGUCCACAACCUGGUUUUUCAAAUGGUGUCCAGGUGAGUCUCGGAACUUCUAACAAUUUCUGUAAUCGUAGUCCAGGUCCAUGUGAUCCGCAGGUAACUACUUUGCUUGAGGUUGUAGGGGCAUUGGAUUAUCCAAUGGCAUUGGCACAAUCUUGGAAAGGGAAUAAUCCUUGCCAAAAUUGGAUACAUAUUUCCUGUGAUGUGAAGGGAAGUGUGGCUGUUAUCAAUUUUGCUAAGCAGAAUUGGGCCGGGACCAUAUCGCCUGCCAUUGCCAAUCUCACUGAAUUAAAAACUGUAUUUUUGAAUGAUAACAACCUUACCAGUACCAUACCAGAUAGCUUGACCAGUUUGAAGCAGCUCCAGCUUCUUGAUGUCUCUAACAACAAUCUUUCGGGAAAAAUCCCACAAUUUUCUUCGGGCGUUACACUAAAAACAAAUGGAAAUCCGUACAUUGGGAUAGAUUUGCCCCCUAUUUCCCCUCCUAGUGUAGCAAAUAAUCCAUCUGGCGUGAAAAAUGGGACCAAAUCUUAUGUAUCAGCAUGGAUGAUUGUUGUUUCUGUUGUUGCUGCCAUUUUAGUGAUACUGGCCUUGUGCUUAGCGAUUUAUAGGUACUACACUAAAAAGCGCAAUGCAAAAUACAAAUGGGUUAAUGGCAGUGAACUUGGAAAUAGCGAGAAGGAGAAUGAGACGAGUGAAAAUGUUAAUAGCACAGGUACAAUCGAGACUCCCAUCGGAAGUAACAGUGAAAAGAGUGAUUAUCAUGUGCAUGAUGGUGGGAAUGUGACGAUCCCAAUCGAAGUUCUUCGAGAAGUUACAAAUAGCUUCAGUGAAACCAACAUUUUGGGUAGGGGCGGAUUUGGAGUUGUAUAUCGAGGACAACUCCACGAUGGGACACAAAUAGCAGUUAAAAGGAUGGAAUCAAGUAUUGUAAGCGAUAAGGGGAUGAACGAAUUCAAAGCUGAAAUCGAAGUGCUUACAAAGGUAAGACACAGAAAUCUAGUCGCGCUUCAUGGAUUUUGUGACAACGGGAAUGAGAGACUUUUGGUCUACGAGCACAUGCCACAAGGUUCACUAGGGCAGCAUUUGUUCCAUUGGGAGGAGUUGGGCCUUACGCCACUAACUUGGAACCAAAGAAUGACAAUAGCAGUAGAUGUUGCCAGAGGAGUCGAAUAUCUACACAGCUUAGCGCAGCAGAGUUUCAUUCAUAGAGAUUUGAAACCCUCAAACAUUCUUCUGGGAGACGACAUGAGGGCUAAGGUUUCUGAUUUCGGUUUGGUGAGGUGUGCUCCAGACGGAAAGUACUCAGUCGAGACUCGAUUAGCCGGUACCUUUGGAUAUCUUGCACCAGAGUAUGCUGCCACAGGAAGAGUGACAACAAAAGUUGAUGUCUUUGCCUUUGGGGUGGUUCUGAUGGAAAUAAUCACUGGCCGUAAAGCGUUAGAGGACUCAUUACCGGAUGACCAAAUCCAUCUAGUGACCUGGUUCCGCAAGCUAAUCCAAAACAAAGACAGCGUAAGAGCCUCACUUGACCCGACACUGCAGCCAGACGAAGAAACCUUCUCAAGUAUUUGGAAAGUAGCAGAACUGGCCGGAUACUGCACAGGCCGGGAAGCACAACAGAGGCCGCACAUGAGCCAUGUCGUGAAUGCCUUGUCUCCAUUGGUGGACCACUGGAGACCGACCCUGGAAGAGGAGGAAAGUUUCGGCAUUGAUCUUCACAUGAGCCUCCCACAAGCAUUGCAGAGAUGGAAAGCUAAUGAAGACACUUCUUGUUCUUCCAUGUUCACCAGUGAUUUCUAUAAUAGUAGCAAUUAA